CUGUCCGACGAUUUACAGGAUACGAUGAUGAAAGAACUCCAUUCCCGAGGAGUAUCCAUUGAAGACAUUGCGGAGGUUAUACAACGGGCGCCGAUUCAUCCUCGGAUCAUUACAGCCAAUAAAUCAGCUCGUGCUUUAGGGUGUGAUCUGAAAAUUAUAAGCGACGCCAACACUUUCUUCAUCGACACAAUCUUGAAGCAUCACGGAAUAUGGGAAUGCUUUUCUGAGAUAAACACGAAUCCGAGUUUUAUUGAUGAAGAAAGGAGGCUGAGGAUUUUGCCUCAACAUGAUUUCACCAAAUCUUCUCAUGGCUGCAAAAAUCCAUGUCCGCCAAACAUGUGCAAGGGCGUGGUAAUUGAAAGAAUCAAAGCAGCGGAAGGCAAGAAAAAGAUGAUCAUCUACCUGGGAGAUGGAAUCGGCGACUUCUGUCCGAGCUUGAAGCUCGACAAUGGAGAUUACGUGAUGCCCAGAAAGAAUUUCCCAGUUUGGGAUUUAAUAUGCAAAAAUCGGAGCGCGAUCAAAGCAGAGAUACAUGAAUGGGGAGAUGGAGAAGAGAUGGGGAAGAUGUUAUUGGGGCUUAUAAUCAACGCAAUCUCCAUGCAACGAGAACAGCAGGAUUUAACCUCUCCAAGAAUGGAUUUCAAGUUUCCUCCCACUGUUCUUGACGCAUUGCCUAGUCCACUCUCUGUUCCUCAUUAGUCAAAUUUUGACAGGCUAAACCCAAAAUUCACUUCUUCCACGAGAAGAAUUUCAAUUGCUCUGAUAUACAUAUAUUGUAGAAUCACAAGACCCCCUUAAGAAUGAUAUUUUACAAAAGAUUUCUCUCAACCUGUUUUUAUACCGAA